UGUAGCUUGAAUAAUGACAUCAACAGAUCGCGGAUUCAGCCUUGUGCUGUGUCUGCUCGUCUGCACAGUUUUUGUUCCAACAGUUUUAACGUCUUUCAUCAAUUAUGAACCGGGGUUUGAAUAUCUGUACAAUCUCAACUCGGUCAUUGAGCUGCGAGAAGUACAAACAUUUCUCUCAAAAGGACAGAUUGGCUUUGUUAACAUAGCAGAAAAGGAAGACUACCAAGAGUUGCUCCUUGUAGUGCACUCAUUUACAUUUAGCCCGAAAGGGCACCCAGAGGCAGACGAUCAUCACCAGAACUUCUCUAAAUGGUUCUCCUUUGAGAUAAGCCGCCAAGGUGAAAUACGAAAGGUUUAUCAUCCGGAUGAUGAAGACGAUGAGGUUCUUUUGAUUAAGAAAGGAUUUGCUGGAAUGCUUUCAGCUAAACUUCAUCAUCGUAAUGAGAUUGAACACGAACGACACCAGGAAGGCUGGAGAUACAAGACAAACGAACUUGGUAGAGAAGGUCAGCACAAUGCCUCAUACACCGUCCGUAAAACAUCAAAGGGUUAUGAAUACAUAAAGACAAGGAAUUCUUCUCAGAUUCAAGCCGUAAAUGGAAAUGGAACGUAUGCAAAGAAGUAUCAUUUCAAUGAAGACUUAAACACAAUUCAUAGCGUGAUGAUAGAGGAAGAGAUAAACAUUGACUUUUCAACUAAAGCUGGAUAUGAUCCUUUUCACGCCAUGAGACCGGUUCAUGCAGUGUCUGGAUUUUCUAACAUGGGUUUUCCAACUGUUACAGCAAGCUGUAAAGACAAGCUAGAAUUUUUCAAGAAAAGAGAUUUUACAAUUGAGUUUGAUAGGCCUGCCGGUAUUCUUAACUCAAGUAUUCACCAUGUGAAAAGGAUGAAAAAGCGAGCCGUUUACAAAACAAAAAGUCAAGUUAAACUCGCAGAAACAUAUAUUGCUGGAAAUCUCACGUGCAUACGGCAUCAACCAGAAAGAGGCUCGCCUCAACUAAGCAAAUGUUUUCACAUGCUUACAACAACUCUCGAUCAAAUGGUAGGAUCGGAUGUAGAGCAGAUCGCAAACACAUACUUUCUGACAGUAACACCUAAGAAUAAGAACGACAGAAAUACAAUGGCUGAAGCUUUUAUAGCCCUGAACAAACAGGAUGUGAUCGUGAACAAAAUUCUCAACAAUCUGCAAACAGACGAGCAACUCUUGUUGAGAGUACUGACCACGCUAACAGCCUUAGACCAUGAACCAUCUAUGGAGUUACUGACAACUGUUGAGAAAUUUUGCUUUAGAGGUAAACGGUCUGAACGUAUACGUCUUUCAAAAAACAUACGCCAUGUGUCUUGUUUAACAUUUGGUGGUUUGGCCGGAAGUUUGAAACAGUACGGUAGUGCAGAGCACGCAGAAAAACUUGUACAAUAUCUCCAUGACGAAUUAGGAUUACAUGAUCCAUGGUUGUUCAAGAUGAAGAGAUCAGCGAUGUCAGAGAUAGAAUGUGUAGAGUACGACCAUAACAAAGUUGUUCUUCUUGACGCCAUCGGCAAUGCUGGACUACCCGUGUCGUAUGACCAUAUUGUAUCUCAUAUCAAUUCAACAAACUCACAAUGGAUCAAACGUACAGGAGUACAUGCACUCAGAACAUUCCAUGAUAUCAAAACAUUACAAGAGCUUGAAAAGGUUGCUUUAUACGAUGAUGAUGAAACUGUUCGCUAUGAAGCACUUCUGCAAUACAGAGCACAUCCAUUAGCUAAAAUAGACACCACUGGAGAUGGAACCGGACUUGCGCACACGGGCAUUUCUAAAAGAUCACUACUAGAUUUCAAUUUUGAUUUCCAACUUGCAGCACCUGGUGUAGACUGGCGCAAAAUGCUUGGGUCAGAAUCUAUUGGCGCUUCCUUUGGUGUCACGAUGGAAAAUCUUUUAGAUCUGCACAUAUCACUGAUAAAAGGAAGUAUAGAUGUAAGGGUUCAUGAUGAAGCUUACGUAAGAAUACAUCUUGGUUACAUUGAUAAAAAUAUGGAUUUUUUCCUUGCACGAAUUUGUUUCAAAGGCGGUGCAAAGUACGUUCUGAACAUUUUAAAGGAGCUUGACCCUAAACAUGGCUUUGACCUUAUCAAACAGUUUACGAGCAUUGUUGACAAAGUUGUUGGUGCUAUUAAAAACGGAGUAGAGGCGUUCAAGAAAAUCUUUUCAUCAGACUUGUCAUUUAAUGACAUUGUUGUUGAUUUUGUUAAAUCGGUGACAGAAAUUCCAGAAAAGAUCACACAACUGGCAAGCGGUAUAUACAGGGUGUCGAAAAAACUUGCGACCUUCAAGUUAGAUAGUCUUCCAUCAUUUGUAAAGCCUGUAAUGAAAUUCGUCAAUGCAGUUGUUGAUCUGUAUGAAAAGGUCAAAGGGGAUGUAAUGAAGCUUUAUAAUGCCAUUGUCCAGGCCGUUCAAGUUUUAAUUCCCAAAGCAGCUCAAGAUGUGUUCAAAGCGGUACAAGACAUACUAGUUGGCUUCAUGAGUAUAUUUAGAGAUCCCAAAACAGCUUUGUUAAAGAUAGGAUCAGGUGUAAUUAGUAUUUAUACAAAUAUUAUCUUACUGAAUGACACAAAGAACGAAAUCAUGGGCCAUACAUUCAUUACUGAAGGGAUUGGACCAUAUUGGAGUGACCUUACAGAGGAUGUUGAGAAUCUUGUUGAACUGUUUAAGGACGCUGCUACUGCAAUCAAAGAGAAAGGCGGAGAUUGGCUCCGGGAAACAGUUGAGCAUGAUGUCGCAAAAAAAGUCACGAAGGGAAAGACAACAAUGCAUCAGAUAAAAGAGAUGAUUCAUACAGAGGUUCAAAAGGAAAUAAAAACUCUGAGGGACCAACUUGACGCAAUGAGAAAUAUAGGGGGAGGUUACCUGGGCAACUUUACAAUUUUCUUUGACAUUUUCAUGGAUCUCAAAGAGGCUUAUGAAUCGUUAAAGAAAGGGUAUGAAUUUGCAAGAUCGCUCGUAGAUCGUAUAUUUGGACCAAAAUUUCACAAAGACUUCCCACGUAAUAAACGUGUAAGCGGUGGCGGGUGCAGUGGUGAAGGAUUUUAUCCUUCAGUACUCGGGAAUGGGCAUACUGAAUACGAAAACGACGGAAUAGAUCUUUUAAACAACACUGGCGAUCAAGUUGUUGCACCGUUUUCUGGUAAGGUGAUACGCUCUAACAAACCAAAUGAAAUCAUCAUGCUAGAAUGUGGUGAACUGCCUCCAGGAUCAGAACUAGUUAUAACAAAUGUACAACCCGAGGAGGAUAUUUUACACCCUGAUGACCCAACUUACAUUGACAAAAUGGUAGCUGCUGGAGUUGCUAUAGGGACAACAACGGAAUCUCCAUGCGACAAUCAUAUUCAUUUGUCAAUUCGACGAGAAGGCGGAUUUGUUGAUCCAAGCAAUUACAUUCCCCAGAGACUUGUAGAGACUCCCAAAUGGGAACAACUCUGCGAUGACUAUAAAGUUGUUUUUAAGGAUGAAACGGUAGCGAAUGGAUAUAUAGUUGGGCCAAGUGGGCGAAAGGAAGAUGAUACAUCCCAAGAUGUUCCAGUUGAUGAAUCACUAGCUACAGAUCCGAUGGAUGGAAAUGAUAUCCCGGGCCAGGAUGUUGAUAAUAUUAAAAACGACCCUGGCGGGAUGUAUAGCCAACUUUUUAAACGCCGACGUAAACGAGAUGUUCUGAAAACACUACAGGCAUCAUUAGAAACGUUUAUAGACAAUAUUAAGGGCUUUCUAAAACAGUUUUCUAUCCGUCGAAUCAAAAUGGGACACAUUAUACAGUUUUUACAUGAUCUCGAAAUGGACGAUUCAACACAGAAAAUGGCACAGCUUAUUAAAACAGUCAAGCGAGCGGUCGACCAUGAAACGUGUGGUAGCCCAUACUAUAUGUCAGAUGAGGAUUUAGAAACUAAAUUACUGAACAGAGGAAAAGAAGCAAAGGGCAACAGAGAUGAAAUGAUAAAAGAGCUGCUGAAAUUUGAACAUAAAUGUUCUUCUAUAUCAUUCACACUUCCAACAACUAAAACGUUAUACUGCACACUGGACGAGAAAUGUUUGGGUUUGGAGUGUUGUCUUACACUUGAAGCUUUUGAUAUCCUACAGAAAACAUUCCGAGCUUAUAUAAGACUAGAUCCAGAUCCACUAGCGCUUUCUGUUGGAUUGGAUUCAUGGAAAUAUGUUCUGAACUCGAGCAAUCUUGCGGGAGAAAUAGACGAUGUUUUGCAUACAAAGAUUAAGUUUGACUUUUUGGACGGUUUUGAAAUCAUUUUUAGGUAUAAGAUCUUCGCCAAUGUAAAAGGAUUGAAGUUGUCAUUAGCAAUUGGACUUUGUGAUCCAGAUGAGACAGACGACUGUAUAAUUGAUAUAGAUCUACUGAAGGAAGCACUAUUUCGUUUCCCGAAAUUUAACACCGAUGGAACAAUUACGUUUGAAUCGCCGGAUUUUUCAGAAAUAUACGAAGACGCCAAAAGGAACUUGGUUGAAGGUGGUGAAAAGGUGGCGGAGGUUGCGGCAGAUCAACUUAUUGAGGCAUUUCUUGAUGCACUUGGUAUUCCAGAUGAACUUCUACUUGACGGAGAUCCAUAUCAAGCAGCGAGCACAUUAGAAAUGAAUGAGUUAAUUGAAUAUUUAAAGGACAAAAAUCUUCCUACUUAUGGGUCACUACAAGAUCUUCAAGAGAGAUACAAAAAUUCUGAACUUAGCUGCAGUCUUAAUGGAAAACAAAUCCGUCUUCCUACUCUUCCGUUUGACUUUUUACACUACACAAUAUCAGACGACUGCAUGCGUAUUGACGCAUAUGCAGAGAUUCGAAUUCCCGCAAUCGAUUACACCCGAACAUUCUCCGCUUACGUGGAGCUAGAUCCAUGCCGUUACGUCAUCAAAGCUGCAUUUGAGAGAUACAAUAUCACGUUGAUACUUUUUGAGUACAAUUGGGGGAAAGAAGAGAUGCUAAAGCUGGUCGAAGAUGUAUAUGUCCAAUUUAGAAUUGAUAAAGAUGAUAUCAACAAAGUAUUUAUAAUUGAUAUUGGCAUUAAAUGUGAUGCUGCAAAUAUCGACCAGAAAUUUUUGAAAGGUUUUGAAAUACCUAUACCAAUCUGCAACGACGACUUUUCAUUACAAGGAAGCUUAUCGAGUAUAAAGGAUGCUCUUGGUGGUCAAAUUAACAAAGAAGUUUUUUACCUUUUACUUAAACAACUCGGAAUCGAUGGUAUUAUACAAGAAAGUUAUUGCAAAGUAACACCACCUCCAUCUGGCUGUCCACCUGCUAUGGACAUUUCAAAUAUGAUACCGUCAUUUAUGAGGAAUAUUUUGCAAUGUGAACUGGCUGACAACUGUUUUGGUGUAUCUUGUUGUGUUAGCCUAAGCUUCACAAUACCUUUUUCAUCGAUUGAAAUGACCGUUUCAUUCCCGAUGUGGUUUAAGAUGGAUCCAUGUGAUUUUCGAUUAGACACUGGAAUAGGGUCGUUACAAUUUGAGGAACAACUUUUGAAAUACGAAUGGGGUAAAGAGUCAAUGAUACCAAUAGGUUCAGGAAACGAAGCACCGAUAAAGAUAAUCUAUGCCAUAGACAACUACGACGAUGGCUUUAUCAUAGAUCUUCGUGUCGACAUAUGUAUACCUAUUGGUGAUGAAACGCAUUGUAUUCCAAAAGAUGGCUUGGUGUUAUUGGAUAAGGAAAAGAUACCUGCAUGCAGCUUAACCGCUUGGUCAAAUAUAACAAAUUUCUCAUUCAACGACUGGUUGCAAGCUAAAGGAGAGAAUAUUGGUGAUCAACUGUCUGACGCUGGAAGGGACGCUCUGGUAGACCUACUCGGUUUAAAUGACCUUUUACUUUCACCACCAUGUGACCGCAAGAGAAGUCCUUACAGUCCGUCACUAAAAGGAUGGAACAACUUGUGUCCACUCAGUUUUGUGAAUCUACCGACACUACCAAGUAUUGUUUCAUGUAGCGUUCCCGAUUACUGUACAGGGAUUAACUGUUGUCUAGACGUAGAACAGAUUGGUUUGUCAAUUAACGCGUUUAUUGACGUCGACAUGUGCAAUUACAUCAUAACGGGCGGAAUAGAGACGCAGAAAUUCAAGUUUUCACUUUUUAACUACGAAUGGGGCAAGACAGUAACGAAGUCAAUCAAAGAUUUUUUCAGAGUGAGUUACUCAAUAAAAAAGCCAAACAACGAAAAGGUGUUUAUCAUCACUCUUCAACUAGCAGUUUGUCUCGAAAAGGAUGGCAGCUGCAUGUUCGAAAAGAAACUACUAGACGGAACAAAGGUCCCACAAGUUGGAUGUGAUAUGUCGUUUAACUUUUCAAAUUUCUCGGUAACAUCAUUGUUGAAGAACAACGGUCUUGGACAUUUAAGUCCAACAGAUGAUUUAUGGGGAGAAGGAAUUAAGUUUGUUACAGAGGUUAUUGGGCUUGAUAAGUAUUUUCUUGAAGAGCAAUGUGAUGUAUCCAAAGAACCUUACAAAAAUGCAACAGUGAGUUGGAAUAAUGAGUGUCCAAAGCUUAAACUCGAUUUACCCAGUUUACCAGGAUCAACAAUUUGCCACAUUUCAUCAUCAUGCACAGCAAUAGAUUGUUGCAUUGGAGUAGACUAUCUAAAGCGUUCGUUGCAAGCGUCCUUUAACAUUGACUUCUGCAAUUUUACUAUCCGAGGAAACUUGGAAACAACAUCGUUUCACUUUACUAUUAUGGAUUACAAAUGGGGGCAACAAGCAGAGGAAACACUGUUAGAGCUGAUUAAAAUCAAAUACAAAAUUGACAAAACAGAGAAGAACUUCGUCGUGGACCUUUCUGUGGCCGUGUGUAUGGAUUCAAACGCUCCGUGUCAAUUUUCAACAGACAUUUUUGAGAACACAAUGAUUCCCAUUCCAGUUUGUAAUCUUGAUGCUGGCUUAAGUUUAGGAAAUUUUUCACUCAACAAAUGGCUAAAUGAUGUCGGUCAUACAUUGGACGAUAAUCUCCCGUCGUCAUUGGUUACACUACUCCUGAGUCAAUUGAACAUUGAUAAAUUUCAACAGAAACCUCCGUGUGCUUCAUCAGAUCAACUUUAUUAUAAUGCAAUCGAUGGUUGGGCGUCAGAAUGUAAUGCAUCCAUUACCUUACCUGCAUUACCGGAAGAGAUUGUUUGUCACAUGACUGACUACUGUACCGGUGUUGACUGUUGUUUAACCGUGGAUAUUUUAAGAACGACAAUUCAUGCCAAAUUCCUUCUUGAUACUUGCAAGUACAAACUGACCAUGGGAAUUGAAAGAUUGGAAGAGGAAGUGCUCUUGCUGGACUAUGAAUGGGGGCAGCUGAGUCAAUUUUCCAUUGGUGGUUUCUUCCGAAUAGAAUAUAAAAUAGAUGAUUUACAUAGUGAGAAAAAAUUCAUAGUGAACGUCAAGCUUAAAAUAUGUUUCGAAAAUAACGGGUGUUUGUUUGAAAUGGAUAUUCUAACGGAUGCAUAUGUGCCAAAGUCACUGUGCGAUUGGAACUCUGGACUUGCGAUACCAGAUUUUUCAUUAACUGACUGGAUAAACGACCAAGGCUAUAAUGUGAUUGGGGAUAAUUUGAAGGACUUUAUGAUUGAAAAGUUAUUCGAUGCACUCGGCAUUGCAAAAUAUCUUGACGAAAAUCAAUGCAGUGGUACAAGAUACCCAUUUGUGAACGCUACAAAUGGCUGGACAUCAGAAUGUCCAAAGUCCAUAGACAGCGCUGUGCUUCCAGGAUAUAUAAAAUGCCACGUACCAUCAUACUGCACCGGAAUAGAUUGUUGUGUCCACGUUGGCUUAGUAAAAAGAUCAUUUAAAGUUUAUCUACACCUUGAUGCUUGCAACUAUAUCUUUGCUAUUGGUAUCGAAAAGUUUGGACUCAAUGUAUCAUUGCUUGAUUAUCAAUGGGGUAAAACAGAAGAGUUUUCCAUGAUGGGUGCGUUACGCGUAAGAUAUUCCAUCUUAAAUCUGGAAGCUGAAGAACAGUACGUCCUCAAUUUACAAAUGUCAAUAUGCAUGAAAUCAGCUGGCUGCGAAGACAAUCUCGUUCUGUUAGAAGAUGCCCGUAUACCAAAAAUAGGCUGUGACUGGAAUACGUCCCUUUCUGAUUUCAAUCUAGAUAAGUACCUGGAGAGUAUUGGUCAACAGCUAGAAUAUAUUGGAGACAAUUUACCGGCUAUUGUUGCUGAUAAACUUCUUGAGAAGCUUGGAGUGUCUAUGUUUAUGCUGCAAAACAGGUGUAACGGUUCAGCUCUGGCAAACAACAAGUUUGAAAACAAAUGCAGCAAGCUCGAUAUUGAUCUCCAAUUGCCUGACAUUAUGACUUGCUCUAUACCGACACAUUGUACAGCUAUAGAAUGUUGUGUGAGUAUUCCACUGAUAGGAAGAUCUGUGAGCGUCGCUGUAGACCUAGAUGCUUGCGCAUAUCAGUUGUCAAUUACGAUUGAAAAAUUUAAAAGCAAUUUACAGCUGUUCGACUACGAAUGGGGAACUUGGCAAAGAAUCAACAUAAAAGACGUUUUUAUUCUGAAAUACAUGAUUGAUGAUCUGAAAUCAAGCAAACAGUUUGUUAUAUCUGUACGUAUGCUUGCUUGCUUCGACAGUAGCAAAUGCAUCUUGGACAGACCUAUCGUUGAAAGUUUGUUGCUUCCAAAACCGUUAUGUAACUUCAAUGGGACAUUCAAACUUGCAGAUUUUACACUGGACAAGUGGAUAAAUGACAACGCCAAUAAUCUAACAGAUGGACUGACAGACAUCCUGAGAUCUAAAUUGUUCGAGGAGCUGGGUAUAACUCCGUAUCUUCUGGAUAAUAAGUGCAAUGCUGGACAUUGUGCUGAAUCUGGAUGGACAUCUGAAUGUCCACUGAAUGACCCCCUGUCAACACUACCAGAUGAAAUGAACUGCCAUCUUUUUAAGCACUGCACUGGUUUCACCUGCUGUGUAAAUGUUCCAUUGCUGCAAAGAUCAUUUUCAUUUUACUUUGACAUGGAUAGCUGCAAUUUUGCCCUUACAGCGGGAGUAGAGAAACUAGAAUAUAAUCAGUCACUUAUAAACUAUGAAUUUGGAAAAAUGAACAAGGUUGAUCUAUUUGGAGUCAUUCAAUUCAGCUACACGAUUGUAGAUGACAAGGAUUCCUCACUUUUCAAAUUAUCAGCGGAUGUUGGUGUGUGCCUGGAUUCAAAUGGUCCUUGUAACCCUGUGAUACCAUUUCUUGAUAAAUUUUCAGUUCCAAAACCACUUUGCAACUGGGACAUGGGAUUUCAGCUUCCAGAUUUCAAACUCGACGAUUGGAUGGCAGACAAUGGUCUUACACCAUCUUCACUACAGGGAGCAGUCCUUGCAAAGCUUUUAGAUUCACUUGGUAUAUCCAAGUAUCUUACCGAAGACGGAUGUAAUCAUGAUGAGUAUCCUUACAAAGAUAGUGUUGAUGGUUGGACUAAAGAAUGUCCUUUGGACGUUACCUUACCUGCGCUUCCAGAACAAGUCCGUUGUGAUGUACCCAGUUACUGUACUGCAGUUGAGUGUUGUCUUAACAUAGAUGUACUGAAAAGGGGAUUUAAUACCAUACUGUCAUUGGACGCCUGCUCAAACAGACUUGUUAUUGGCAUUGAAAAUCUGAAAUUAAAUGUUACGUUGUUGAAUUAUAAUUGGGGUUCGGCAGAAGUAUUGUCAUUACUUGGAGUAGUCAAAAUUACAUACAGCAUCCGCAACUAUGAGGAAAGUAGACAAUAUGGUGUGGACUUGGGUCUAGAAGUCUGUCUAAAUCAUGAUAAAUGCGACUUUAAAAUAACGCUAUUGAACAAUGCAACGUUAACAAAGCCAUUAUGCAAGUGGGACUCUGGGUUUAUGAUACCAGAUUUCUCCCUUGAACAAUGGCUUAGCGAGAACAGCAUAUCUGACAUUACUAACCUAUUACCGAAUGCCAGAGAUAAACUGAUGAAGGAAACCGGUUUAGAACAGUUUUUGAAUGCUGAUCAGUGUGAUAGGACUGCGUUACCGUAUUCCCCGUCCGUGAACAACUGGCGAUCAGACUGUCACACAGAAUUACAGCUUCCAAGCCUACCAUCGACAAUGUCUUGCUAUAUCUCUGACAUGUGUACAGAUGUCAAGUGUUGCAUUGAUGUUAGUCUCAUUAAGAGAUCAUUUGAGAUAACUUUAAAACUUGACACAUGUCGUUAUCAACUUGAGGUGGAAAUUGAUAGGUUGAAAAUAAAUGUUGCGCUUGUUGAUUAUAAAUUUGGUGAAGAGAGUAAAGUUUAUUUACUAGGUGUUGUAAGAUUGAGGUUCAAAAUUGAAAAGAUUGAUGAAACAUCAUUCCGUAUCAACGCCGCUGUUCAGGUCUGCUUUGAACAUUCUAAGCCAUGUAUAUUUGAUGCCGACGUAUUAAAAGACGCCGUGGUACCAAAUGUGUUCUGCUCACAUGGAACAGGAUUUCAGAUACCAGGAUUUUCCUUCGAAGCAUGGUUAAAAGACAACGGAAUUCAUUCAGCCAAAGAUAUUGGCGCAGAUCUAACAAAAAAUCUGUUCAGUGCUUAUGAUCUUAAUAAAUAUCUUCAGUCCCAGCAAUGUAACAUCAGCGAUAGCAAGUUUGAUGCGGUGAAUGGAGUUUGUGCCCUUAACAAGAAUAUCCCAAAGCAGGAUUGGUUAUCAUGUGCAAUAACAGAUAAGUGCCUCGGCGUAGCGUGCUGCAUGUAUUCAGAUAUCCUGAAAAGGUCUUUUGAAUUGGCAUUCGAAAUAGAUGUUUGCAGAUACGCUCUUGAUUUCACAAUCGAAUCAUACAAGUCGACAUUGUUGCUAGAUGCAUCCGAAUUUGGUGUUUGGAGAACAUUUGAACUGCAAGGACUUUUGAAAUUAAGAUAUCGGAUGUUCAAUAUGUUUGAGGAAGGUUUACUGAUAAUUGAUGCCGGCGUCAAAUUGUGUCUUUCGGAUCAUGAGGAUUGCAUCCUGCACAUACCCAUUUUUGAGCGACAGGCAGUUCCUCAGCCUCUUUGUCAAAACGAACUUGGAUUCAAUAUGAAAAACUUUUCACUUUCUGGAUGGCUUGAAGAUAAAGGUUCUAGCGGUUCACAAUCUGUUGUACCAAAAGAUAUGGUCAAAGACCUUCUUACAGAUAUAGGAGUGGAGAAAUACAUACUUCGAGACAGUUGCUCUGUUUCAUCACCUGCAUGGACAUCAGAAUGUACUUCCUUCAAAAGCGAAAUAACUUUGCCAACUGGUAUCUCCUGUAUUUUGGACAAAGAUUGCAAAAGUUUGGAUUGCUGCUUAGAAGUAAAACAGUUACAAAUGACUUUGUCGUUUGGAAUUAACCUUGAUGUUUGUAGCAUGAAAUUCACGGCAAACAUAGAGGAGAUGACUGUGCAAAAAUCGCUGUUUGACCUCUCCUUCAAUAUAGAACAUUCAAUGGACUUGUUUGGCAUCUCUAAGAUGAAGUACAAGAUUGUUGACUUACAAGGAGCAAGAAUAUUUUCCAUCGAACUUAAGUACAGUCUAUGUUUAGAUUCAAACAACUGUCCAAACGAAACGCUUUUGUUUGAAAAUUUACAAAUACCAAAGUCAGUCUGCGAAUGGAAUAACACUUUAACAUACCCAUCAUUGACUGAGUUCUUCAAAAAUGUGGACUUUGAUGAAGCAGACGUACUACAGAAGGAUUUGAUCCCAAUAUUUCUUCAUAAAACUGGGCUUUCAAACUUCAUUGGAGAUGACGCGUGCAUUAUGUGGUCUCCGAAACGCUCGCACUCUGAAAUCGUUUCCGAAUGUGCAAAUAGUGAUCUGCCUUUACUUGAUGGUGUUCUUAGCUGUUCGUUUGACAAUAAUUGCAGCAUGGUUAAUUGUUGUUUCGACGCGCCGUUCAUUCAAAGGACACUUUCUGUCGGUAUCCAUAUAGAUGCAUGUGGUAGAAAAUUGACAUUAAGCAUUGAGAAAUUGACUUACGUUUUAGAAUUAAGUGAAAUGACAUAUGGAAAAGAACAUUCAUUUGCUUUGGCGGGGAUAGUCAAACUAAGUAUGAAGAUAGAUUAUAUCACUGUGAACAAUUUGAUUGUGAUGGACAUGGGCGUAAAGAUAUGUUGGGACCAAGACAGUUGUAUUCUGGACACAACUCUAAUGAACAGAACAGAGAUUUCGACGCCACUUUGUAAUUUCGAUCAAGGAUUCAUUGUGAAAGAUUUCUCCAUUGAAAAGUGGAAGCUGGAACACAAUUUAGGACCAACUGAAAUCGUCGAAGGGUUAUUGUCGGAUCAACUUUUUGAACAUUUGAAAAUCGCUCAAUAUUUAUCUCCAAGAUGCAACACAUCUAAUACAGUUAAUUUCUCAAUGGCAGCAGAGUGUUCUCAGAAAUUGCCACAUUGGUUUGGAAACAACGAUGAUCUUGUAUGUGGAUUUUUUGACUCGUGUACUAACAUCAAAUGUUGUCUUAAUGCAAAACCUCUUGGACGAUCUUUCACAAUCAACGUAGAAAUUAAGUCUUGUGAAUUCAAAAUGGUCAUUGCUAUAGAAAAAGUCAAACAAGAGAUAUCGUUGAUUAACUAUGAUUGGGGAACAAGCGAGACAGUCAGUUUGUUUGGUAUUGUAACCCUUACGUAUUCAAUUUAUGACGUAUCAGAGGAAAAUGCAUUAAUAGUCAAUAUGCAUCUAUCUGUGUGUCCUGAACUAAAGUCUCCAUGUAUAUUCAACGAAAUUGUGAUGGACUACCAACGAAUAAAGAAAGAUCCAUGCGACUUGAAACACGUUUCUAUUGCACCAGAGUUUAACUUUGCUGAGUGGAUGAAAUUCAAAGACUUAGAUUUAGGAUCAUUUUCAAAGUAUGGGACUCAAUAUCUGAUGCAAGAACUAGGAAUUGAUACAGUAUUAUACCAACCGAUGUGUGAUUUGCACGAUAAUAUAUACAAAUCAGAGGAAUUAGAAGAAGGGUGUUCUCCAAAAGAUAUUUUCACCCCAUUGAUGCCUGCGGCUGGAUGCAGAUUUUUUGAAGAAUGUAUGCAUUUAGAAUGUUGUUUGGAUGUUCCUGACAUAAACAGACAUUUUAAAAUCCAGUUUAUAUUUGAUCCUUGUAACUACAAAUAUUUCAUCAACAUUGAAAAGUUUUCUUUUGAAAACAACUUAAUUAACGUGGAUAUAUCAGAGGAACAAACAAUAUCAUUACGCGGUGUGUUGACAGCGAGAUACCGUGUUGAAGAUAUGACUGUAGAUGGUCUUUACAAAGUUAAUUUCCGAAUUAAAGUUUGUUUAGAUAGAAACACGUGCCCAUUGGAUAUUCAAAUUUUAAACGAUACAUUAAUCCCAAAGCCAAACUGCUUUAUGAAAGUUCAACAGGGAUACAAAUUGAAAGACUUCUCUUUACAAAAGUGGAUCAGCAACUUAAACUCUAAUGUAUCAGUAUCACCUCUUCCAAGGGACAUUGCUUCAAUUUUGACAAGUGAAUUAGGCAUUUCCCGAUUUUUGAAAACAAAUGCCUGUGCUAAAGGAGUCCAUCCUUACCAACAUCAAGGAUGGAACUUGGGUGAUUGUCCUUCGAAUUUUUCUAUAUCGGAUCAUAGCCUGCAAGAAAUUUCAUGUACGAUAACUGGAUCCUGUACCUUACUCACAUGUUGCAUACCCAUUCCAAUACUAGAUAGUAACGUGGAAGUUCAUGUAGAUAUAGAUCCUUGCACACAAAUGAUGAGCCUAGGUGUUGAACGACUCAACUACUCACUCAGUCUAAUAGAUUAUGAGUUUGGCAGAACAGAAUACGUUUGGCUUUCAGGAGUCUUAAGACUAAAGUUCACUGUACAUGACAUAACAAGUAAACACGAAUUUCUUGUGUCUCUAACAUUUGAAGAAUGCUGGGAAUCCGCUGGGGCCUGUUCUAAACAGUGGAAAUUAUUAGAAAAUCAACGACUCCCAAAAAAGAUCUGUAACUUUAGUACAAGCUAUAAUAUUCCAGACUUUUCACUCUCUACAUGGCUGUCCGAGCAUGGAAUUAACGCAAAUGAAAGUCUUAAGCUACAUAUACGAAAUGAUCUCCUUGCUGAUUUGGGACUUGAUGCUUACCUAAAUGAAAAUGAAUGCUCUUUAAAGCAAGCAGGGAAUUCAGACGGAUGGAUCAAUGAAUGUCUGAAAUCUACACAGCUAUCAUCGCUACCAAGUGGCAUACAAUGCUCGCUUCAGGGUCAUUGCACAUCAGUCAGUUGCUGUGUAUCUAUGGAUCAGAUUGGAUAUUUCCUCCAGGUCGGCCUGGAUAUAGACCCAUGCUUGCAUACCCUUACAAUACAAAUUGAACGCCUCAAAAGAGAAAUUCCCUUAUUAGAAUAUUCGUAUGGUACAACUGAGGAAUUUUGGUUGUUUGGUAUUGCACGGAUAAGGUAUCAAGUGUACGAUUUACAAGAAGAAAGGAAAUACCAAGUGUCUACGGAAAUAAGCAUUUGCACAGAAUCUCAUUUUCCAUGCAAAGUUUACCAGGUUUUUGAUAAUACUAGACUGCAUAAAACUCUUUGCGAUUGGGGACUAGUAACAAAGCCUUUAGAAGAAUUUUCAAUGGCUAGCUGGAUGGAUAACUUUGGAGGAUUUAAGAACAUUAGCAGUCUGCCGGUUUACGCUUAUGAUAUACUUUAUAACGAUAUGGGUAUUGCAGGCUUUCUCUCUCAAAGCCAAUGUGUUGUCGGCUUACAACCAUUUACUGACCGAGGUCGCAUUAAUAAUGAAUGUACCGGAUAUUCUUGGCCAUUGCAACCACUGGGUCCGAUAUCAUGUCAUCUUAGCUCUACUUGCAUGGAUAUAGAAUGUUGCAUUGACACAAACAUUCUACCCAGAACAAUUCUCACAUUCCUGAAGAUAGAUGCUUGCCAGCAAAAACUGACUAUUGGUAUUGAGAAAUUCAAGUUUGAAUUGAAUUUAGUCAAUUAUGACUAUGGCGAACAGGAACAGUUUUGGUUACAAAAGAUUAUUCGAAUGGAUUUCCGUCUUUAUGAUUUACAAGAGGAAGAAGCAUAUGUUAUUGAUCUUGAAGUCAGUGUUUGUCUUGAAAGUGAAGGUGCUUGUUCUCUUAAACAGACUGUAUUAUCCCAAGCAGUUUUACCCAGACCACAGUGCGUCCUUGCUGAAGGGUUUAAAAAGAAAAAUUUUUCCAUUUCUGGCUGGUUUAAAACCCACGGAUAUACACUUGACCAAAGUAUUUCGGACUUGGAUUAUUCAGCCCUGAUGUCAGAUCUUGGCUUGCCGAGAUAUCUCUCACAAGAUGAGUGUACUCUGCCGGACUUGGCAAAUAAAGCUAUAGAUGUUGCAAUGUCAAAAUGUGCCCUUAGUCACUUUCUCCAUAGUCUUCCAAGUGAGUUGAAAUGUUAUUUGUCAACAUGCAACGAUAUAAAUUGCUGCCUGUCAGUGGAUCCCAUCAACAGAAACUUCAAUAUACAAUUCAGUGUUGAUCCUUGUCAGCAGUUAUUGAUUGUGGAGAUUGAAGAGUUCAAAGUACAAAUGUCUUUGCAAGAUUUUAACUGGAACAAAGAGCAAGAAAUUUACUUGAAAGGAAUAAUAAGAUUAAAAUUUGUUUUGGAAAACCUCGACGGAGAAAAUGCCUUUGUUCUGACGCUAACAACAAAAGCAUGCCUUGAAUCCAAUGGCACAUGUUUGUUUGAGAAGAACAUUUUCAACAGGGCGAAAUUUUCCAAACGAAUUUGUGAUUUCUCGGCUAUGGAGGCAUUCCCUAUAAAGGACUUUUCACUACUACAAUGGAAAUUACAUAAUAAACUCAAAACAGACGUGCCACUUGAAAAGCCGUUCUCCGAUGUAUUACUUGACGACUUAGGCCUGUCAACGUACAUAAAUGAUUUACAAUGUAAAGUUAACAACUCAGAAAUAAAUUAUGGAUGGGAAAAUAGUUGUCCGUUCACAAAUACCAAAGCUUUGCCGUCAAGUAUGUCUUGUACUCUCAAUAGUGCAUGCUCAAAACUUGAAUGUUGUGUGUUUGUGAGUGCAAUCAACAGAAAUAUCCAAUUUCAAUAUGACAUCGAUGUCUGUAAGUCAACAGUGGAAGUUAGUGUUGAAAAACUACAGUUGAGAAGAUCUAUAUUCGACUUUUUAUGGGGACAGACAAAAAGAUUGAACUUUGGAGGGAUCGUUCGUUUUGACUUUGCCUUUUUCGACCUACAAAAUGAAAAGAAGAUCAUGUCAAAUGCACAACUGAGUGUCUGCUUUGAAUCGUCCUCAUCAUGUGACAUACAGACAACCAUUCUUGAUAGAGUUCUCUUUCCUAAACAGUCAUGUAAAUGGAAUCGGGAUUUUGUCACAAAAGAUUUCUCUUUGCAAAAAUGGAUAUCACACGAGGGUUUAACAGCCGGCAAGCCUUUGGAUUCAUAUUACUCCUCAAAGUUGUUGGAUUCACUCAACCUUUCUCCGUUCUUAAACGAAGCAUCGUGUCAAGGAAAUAUGUCAAGAAAUAUUUCAUGGACCAUUGAUUGCCCUAAAAGUCUUGCUACCGGUCUACAGAAUUUGCCAAACAACGUACAUUGCACUGUUGGCCAGAGCUGCACCGAUGUCGAAUGCUGUGUUGAAGUAGAAACAGUGAAUAAAACAUUCCAAACUCUGUUAAAUGUUGACCCUUGCGCACAUCAAAUUACAUUUGAAAUUGAAAAGUUUAAACAUUCAAAACAACUGUUUAAUUACACAUGGGGUCAGACAGAGCAUCUAUGGUUAUACGGAGUCAUUCGAAUGAGUGUGUCUGUGUAUAAUCUUGGAGGAGAAGGAAAGUAUAUUGUUAACAUGAACCUAAGCGUUUGCCUAGAAGCCAAUGCUGUCUGUCAAACAAACGUCCAAGUCCUUAAAAAUGCUGUUCUUCCAAAGCUCAAUUGUGACUGGGAUGCUGACUUUAUUGACCCAAACUUUGAUUUGGAUACAUGGUAUAAAGCACAAAGACUUUCUCAAGACCAGGAUUUGACAGAAAAAUACACACAUAUACUGUACAACGACCUUAAUCUGUCACCAUAUAUCGGAGAACCAUGCCUCUUUACCAACAGCUCAUUAAACGUUUCUAGCUUAGGAUGGGCAAACGAAUGCCCUUAUGCAAUUGAUCUGCCUAAACUAUUGGAUUCCACAAAGUGCCGAGUCCCAACAUUUUGUACAGGCAUUGAAUGUUGUUCGGAAGUUGGCCUUCUCAAAAGAAAACUAAAUACAUAUAUUUUCUUCCACACUUGCCUGAAUCGCCUUGAAAUUGGAAUAGAAAAGAUGAAGUAUAAUUUGGAUUUAAAUGACUUUGACUUUGGAAUAGAGAAAACCGUCAGCUUACAGGGAGUGUUCAAACUUCGCUUUCUGAUUGAAGACUUGAGAAAUGAAGGUGUUCUUUUGAUGACUUUAGACAUAGAAAUAUGUUACUAUGCAAAGAAAACCUGUUCGGAGAUUAUACAUAUUCUGAAAAAUACAAAGCUAAGGAAGCCUGUUUGUGACAUGAGUACCGGAUACAAAAUCAAAGACUUCUCGAUGAAGAAAUGGCUAGCAGACAAAGGCCUAGUUGCAGAGCAUGUCGAGGUUUUGCCUAUGUCUAUGUUAUAUGAGGAACUAGGCAUAUCUACAUACCUAAAAGAAGACGUUUGUAAAAUACAUACAAAUACAAGUUGGAACAAAGAAUGUCCGCUCGAUGUUCAUUUACCUAAUCUACAUGAUAACAUUUUCUGUACACUCAGCAAGACAUGCAAUGCCAUUGACUGUUGUAUGCACUCCGCACUUCUUCAGCGUAAUUUUGCAAUGAGUCUGCAAGUAGACCAAUGUAAAAUGACAUUGACAGUUACUAUAGAGAAACUGAGGUUUCAGAUAUCACUGCUAGAUUAUACUUGGGGGAAAGAAACACAAUUUGAUCUGUUUGGUGUGAUAAGAAUGAGAUAUUCCGUUGAUGAUCUGCGUGUGUCAGGAAUGUACCUUUUAAAUGUCCAAAUGGCUGUAUGUUUGGAAUCUAGCGACAAAUGUGAAUCAAUUGCCACGGUCGUUAAUAAUACUCUCAUUACAAAAAUGCCAUGUGACCUUGAUCCAGGAUUUGUCAUUCAGAAUUUUUCACUUACCUCUUGGCUCGCAACAAAAGGAUAUCUUCUCAAAAGUUACCUUGGUUAUGACGUUUCGUCUGAACUACUUGAAGUUCUAGGAAUUAUUGGGUACCUUAACGAAUCACAGUGUAUAAGGAAAUCACCAACAUAUAAACCGUCAGCUUAUGGUUGGAAAAAAGAUUGUUCACUUGGUGUUAACGUAAGUCCUCUAGAAAAUAUACUCUCAUGUAACCUCCAAGAGUCAUGUUCUGCUGUUGAUUGUUGUGUGGACAUUUAUUUGCUGGAAAGAUCUUUUAACGUGAAGUUCAGUCUAGACCCUUGCUCAAACACAUUAGAUCUAAGCAUCGAAAGGCUGCAGUUUGAUAUUUCUUUAGACGAUUACGUCUCUGGGUCUCAGUCACGUUUCUGCUUAUACGGAGUUAUUUGUUUAGACUAUUCGAUAAAAGAUCUCUUCUGGACAAAUACCUAUAUCGUCGAUCUAAAAAUCAGCGUUUGUUUCGAAUCAUCAUCAUCGUGCCAUGUUGAAAGUCAAAUUUUCAAAUCGGCUGUCUUACCGAAAAAGAUAUGUGACUGGGAAAGUGUGAAUCCUAUAAGAAACUUCACAUUGGCGAACUGGUUUUCUGAACGAGGCUUUACAGACAUGAGCACGCUUCCAUCUUACAUCGCUACUAUACUUGCAAAUGAUAUUGGAUUGUCAAUUUAUCUCGGCGACAAGGAAUGUGAUAGACAUUCUGCACCAUAUCUGUCUAAUUCAUCCAGUUGUUCAUCAGACUGCCCGUUGACAUUAAAAAAUCCGGUGACAAUAAGUUACGACCUGUCUUGUCAUAUACCUGACUACUGCACAGCUGCUGACAUCUGCGUUUACAUUCCACUUAUCAAUCGGAAUAUCCAUGCCUACCUUAGACUCCAUUCAUGUGACGCCUUGCUAGAAGUUGGUAUAGAAAAGUUCACAUUUUCAGUGGGAUUAUUUGACUACGAAUUCGGAAAGGAACGUGAAAUAGUUCUCAAAGAUGUUUUCAUGCUGAAAUUUCGCAUUGAUGACCUAACAACAAAAGGAGUAUAUGUCGUUGAUUUAGAUUUUAACAUUUGCUUCACAAAUGUCAGUUGUGAGAAAUCAUAUGCAAUUUUCGAUCGAUCAGUACUUCCGAAAUUGCCAUGCUCCUGGAAUAUGGGAUUUAGAAACCAAUCAUUUUCUCUUAACGAAUGGUUAGAUGAUCAUGGAAUCACAAAAGGAGAUGUAACAGAUGUACAAAGAGACCAACUGCUCGAAACACUUGGUGUGGCGCCGUAUAUAGAAGACAUUAAUUGCUAUCUUUAUGAAUCGCCAUUCUCGCCAUCACAGAACGGCUGGAAUAGCGAAUGUCCAGCAGAAUUAACAUUAGAACCUCUUCCGUCAGGUAUAGGAUGCUAUAUUUCUGACUUGUGUACAGCAAUUCGUUGUUGUCUUGAAGUCGAUAUCAUUAAAACAUCUGUUCAGUUUUACAUCACCAUUGACGGAUGCGAAAAACAAAUUACAGUUGGUAUUGAACAACUGAACACGGUCAAGGACAUCAGUAAUUACAAAUUUGGCUCAUGGGAUCGUUUCUAUUUGAACGGAGUCUACAAGUUAGAUUUCAAGAUUGAAAACUUUCAAGGUGGUCGCAAAUAUGUCGUCGAUAUGAACGUAAGCGCUUGCUUUGAAAGUCAUGGAAACUGUUCAUAUAUGAUUCCUGUUCUAAAACAAGUGGUUUUGCCAAAAGUGACAUGCAGUUGGGUAAAUGGAUUCAGUAAUGCAGCCUUUUCUCUGGAAGUUUGGAAACUCGAGAAUGGUGUUAACAAAGGAGCUGCACUUUCACUGACUCAAUUUGAUGUACUUGCAAAUACCCUCGAAAUAAGUCAAUACCUUAAAGAUAACGAAUGUCAAUUGUCAUCUGCAAGACCUGUAGAUGGUUGGGCAAACUUGUGCCCUUUGAAAUUGAAAUUACCUGCACUUCCAAACAACGCUGAGUGUUCUAUUGACUCAUCUUGUUUGAACAUCAUUUGUUGCGUUUUCGUUAAUGAGCUGAAUCGAAAGUUUAGCUUUUCCCUACAAGUGGACGACUGUGACUACCAGAUAUCAGCUAGCAUUGAAAACCUGGUGAUGGAGAGGAAAUUGUCCGCCUUCGAAUUUGGUGAAAAGAUGGUGUUUGACAUGGAUGGAUUUAUAGUGCUACAGUUCAUGGUUGUUAAUCUAGAGUACAAGAACAAAUUCAUGUUAGAUUUGGCAGUAGAUAUACAUUUAGAAGCACACAAACCGGCUGUUUUGUCAGUGGACGUUCUUGACGAUGUGAUAGUGCCACGGUUUCCAUGUGAGGUCAAUGCUGGGUUUAUAGCCAAAGACUUCUCGCUGGACAAAUGGAUGGAAGCUGGCAAUGUCAGUGUCAUUGACGAAUACCAAGCUGUUCAACUGCUAGAAGACAUUGCGGUUGCACCAUUUAUGCUCUCCAACGAAUGCAAAAUGCACAGUGACUCGAAAAUAGAUUCCACCCAUUGUACUUUAAAUAUUGACGAUUUACACGUAUACGGUCAAGCAACAUGCUCAUUGUCUGAACUUUGUUCCGGUAUUCUUUGCUGUUUAAAAUCUCCUGAAAUACCGGUGAAUUUUCAAAUCGAGGUUCAAAUAGAUGCCUGUAGGGAAGAAAUAACGGUAGGCUUGGAAAAAUUGAAACACUUAAUACCGUUCAGAAACUUUACGUGGGGUGAAAUGCAAACCUUUAGUUUAUAUGGGGUAAUUAAGAUUGAGUUAGAAAUAUCGGAGCCAGUUAAAUCACAGGUAUACACUGUUAAUUUAAAUGCAAGCAUAUGUCUCGACGAAAAUGAAACAUGCAGUACAGAAGUUCAAAUUCUUAGAGAGAAAUAUCUAACUGCCUUGCCUUGUGAUUGGUCAGCAGGAUUUUUGGACGAAAGUUUUAAAUAUGAGGAGUGGCGAAAUGAAUCACAUUACGACAGCACGCAGCUUCCAGAAACCGGUGUUGAAUUUUACUUGUCAAAAAUUGGCGUCGAGCCUUACUUGAAGACUACACAAUGUGACACUACGGCGCUUCCAUAUAUACCAACAUCUGCUGUCGGCUGGACAUCAGAGUGUCGAAGCAAUGUUAGCUUUCAAACGUUACCAGAUCACACAAGAUGUUUUAUGGACGACACAUGCUCCGGAUUUCAAUGUUGUUCCUAUGUUGACAUGAUACAACGAUCAUUUGAUAUAACAUUUAAACUUGAUCCCUGCAGUCAAACUUUAACAAUCGGAAUUGAACGCAUUUUGAAGCACAUCUCUUUGACAAAGUUUGAGUUUGGUGCACACAACAAGUUUAAUGUGAAUGGAUUUAUUAGACUGGACUAUUUGAUCAAAGACCUUCCAGUACAGCGGUUCUAUAUUGCAAGUGUAAACCUUAGUAUUUGUUUGGACCAAGAAAACUGUGUGACCGAAGUUGAAGUUCUUAGAAAUAAUAUGCUUCCGAAGCCGAUUUGUGAAUUGAACCCCGAAUACACAAACAAAGACUUUUCACUGACCCAGUGGAAGGAAGAUAGAAACAUAUCUAUAUUUGGCACCCUUGAUCAAGUGGAAGAGAUAGAACUGAUGACAGAUUUGGGUGUUUAUCCAUACAUGAUGGAAACGGAGUGUGCAGUGAUAAACAGCAUUAUAUCUCAAGAAUGUGGUAUCAUUCCCAGUUUCCCGCUAAAAUGCAGUUUAUCUGCCACAUGUUCGAGAAUAUCGUGCUGCAUGCAGUCCGACAUUUUACAACGACGAGUUUUCUACGAGCUAGAUUUUGACAGAUGCAAUCAUUUGAUAAAUAUCACAAUUGAGACAUUCAGCAGAACAUUGUCACUCUAUGAUUUUGAAUAUGGAAAAGAAAUAAAGAUUUCAUUGUAUUCAGUAUUGCAAAUGGAAUUUACAGUUGAUUUCCUAGCGAUGAGUCAGUCACACGUCAUUUCUCUCAAUAUCAGUCAAUGCUUUGAAUCCAAUGAACUAUGUUCUGAUGUUGUCGAGGUUCUUAAAGAACAGAAAUUUUCAUCCGAAGAUUGCCCUAUCAAUAACAAUUAUAAGAACAACGAGUUUUCUUUGACUGAAUGGGCAACACAAAGGAAUAUAAACGAUACUAAACUACCGGCGUAUGCAAGAAAGGUUCUUUUGCGUGACCUAGGAAUAAGUCAGUUUCUGAAGGACAGUGAGUGCACUGUGAUGGCGUUCGACUCGUAUGGUUGGCAUUCAG